UUUCAUAUGUUGUUUUCGUAAUUUCUGGGUUUAGGCUUGGUAUAUACCAAGUACUUUUAAUCAAUUUCCACUCAUAGAAGGUUUUUGUGUUGGAAACUAAAAAUGCAGGAAAAGUUAUGCAGAUUAUGUUUAGACCCUCCUGUAACCAGACAUGAUCUUUCCCAAGAUGAUGGUUAUCACAUGUUGGAAUGUUUAACUUCAAUAAAGUUCACAAAAGACGAUGAAACGGCGCCGAAAACAGUAUGUGACAAAUGUUGGCUGAAUUUAAAACUAGCAUACGGUAUUCAACAAGGUUUUAUUGAUGCUAAUAAAAGAUUUGCCUUGAUUGAAUGCACAAUUGAAGAUAAUCCUAAUAUUAAGAUUGAGGAGGAUUUUGAACCAUCUAUCUUAAGUCAGCACAGUGAUGAAGAAUGUGAAUUAGGUGAUCCAACACAAACAGAUUUAAUCAUAAUUAAAGGUGAAAUAUCAGAUGAAUUAUUUGAUGAGACCAGAGAGGAAGUGGAGGAGGAAGAAAUAAACAUGGUACAACCAGUUAAGGAAAACUCAGAUGGUGAAGCAGAUGGUGAACAACAAGAAGAUGAACCAGACAAACAGCUAGACAACUUGUUCAGUUGCAUAAUAUGCGGGGACUACCUGACGGAAUUGAGCAUAGAAGAUCACGUCAAAAAUCACUUUUUGGAAGAACAAUACUGCGACAUAUGCGACACUAAACUAGGCAACUUGCAUCUGUACAAAAGCCACAUAAUUGGGAAACACAAUGGCCAAUUCAAAACGUGGUCUUGUACGAAAUGCAACGCCAGUUUUCAGUAUAAGUCGCUGUUCGUCAUUCAUCAGGAAAAGGCGCAUCUGAAACAAAAAGCUGUACUAACAGGUCAGAAAAAAUUGAUAGCACCGAAACGCAAAUCGAGCCAGCCGAAAGCAACGACGAGCACUGGUGACGCUGCGAUGGAAGACGUACCCGUCAACGGUCAGUACUGCUGCCCUGAAUGCGGCAAGACGUUUCCCGAAGAGGAACGACGUCGUUACGAGGUACACCUCAAAGUGCACAAGCGCAAGAAGUGCGAAAUUUGCGACGCGAUGAUCACCAUUUCGAACCUGAAGAAGCACGUGCUGUCCCACACGGCCGGUCCAAGUGUGUGUCACUUAUGUGGCGCCACGUGCAAGAACCACGACAGUUUAAGGGGACACUUGUACUACACGCACUCGACUAACGAGUUCCCGUGCGGCCAAUGCGACAAGGUGUUCAAAAAGAGUUACUCCAGACUGUUGCACAUUAGAAAGGAGCACACAGGUGAGAAAAGUCAUAUUUGUGACACAUGCGGCAAGGGGUUCUUCACCCAUUACUGUCUGAACAAACACAUCCGCAUGACGCACAUGAAACUGCGUCCCCACAUUUGCGAGCACUGCGACAAAGGUUUCUCCAGCAAGUUCGCGUUGCGCACUCACGUUCGGCAGCACACCAAUGACGCGCCGUACAAGUGCGAAUUAUGCGGCGAAGGUUUCAGACAGAACGUUUCGUUGAGGGUGCACAAGAAAAAUAAGCACAAUAUUAUUGAAGAGAAGAAUUGCGAGUGUAAGAUUUGUGGUAAAAUGUUUAGCUCCACGUGGGCGGUUUUAAGUCAUAUGAGGUUGCAUUAAUUAUUUUGUGAUAGUAUUACAUUGUUCAUCGUCGUUUAUUUAUAUAACUAUUAUCAAAUGAAUAUUUUAAAUUACUUAGGAUAGAAUUUAUAUACAAUCAUUUACAUACUGUUUACUCUUAUUAGGACUGAAUGAAAAUGAUAACAACUCUUUGAAUUAUAAUUACAAAUAAAUUGUUUGUUAUUACAAA